GUAGUCUUUUCUCCCGGUCCUGCUAGCCAGCAUGGAAACACAGUUGAAAGCUGCAGUGAUACUUACAUGCCGUGGUUGAAUAGGAUGCGUCUAUGAGUAUCUACAGUUUUCUGAUCGCCGUCCGCUCCGAGGGCCAGCAGCUCAUGAGCGAGUCGGGCGAGACAACGUCGCAUUUGAUGGGUAUGUUUUACCGGACGUUGCGCAUGGUCGAUAACGGAAUCAAGCCUCUCUAUGUCUUUGAUGGAGCGCCACCGAAGCUCAAGUCCGGUGAACUGGCGAAGCGUACUGCACGAAAAGCGGAGGCUACUGAAGCCCAUGAGGAAGCAAAAGAGACGGGCACUGCGGAAGAUGUUGAGAAGUUCUCGCGGCGCACGGUGCGUGUUACAAAGGAGCACAAUGCAGAAUGCAAAAAGCUGUUGAAGUUGAUGGGUAUCCCAUACAUCGACGCUCCGACAGAGGCGGAGGCCCAGUGUGCAGUGCUUGCGCGGGCAGGGAAGGUCUAUGCCGCUGCUUCCGAGGAUAUGGACACGUUAUGUUUCGAGGCGCCAAUUCUUCUCAGACAUCUUACGUUCAGCGAGCAGAGAAAGGAGCCCAUUCAAGAGAUCCAUCUGAAUCGUACACUAGAGGGACUCGGCAUGGAUCGCAAACAGUUCAUUGAUCUAUGCAUUCUUCUCGGCUGUGACUAUCUGGAACCUAUCCCAAAGGUCGGGCCAAACACCGCUUUGAAACUCAUUCGGGAACACGGAAGCCUGGAGAAGGUGGUUGAGGCAAUCGAGAACGACCCGAAGAAGAAAUAUGUCAUGCCAGAAUAUUGGCCCUAUCAGGAUGCAAGGGAGUUGUUUCUCCAUCCGGACGUGCGAGAAGCUGACCAUCCCGAGUGUGACUUUAAAUGGGAGGCGCCAGAUGUUGAAGCUCUGGUGGAAUUCCUGGUCAAGGAUAAGGGUUUUAACGAGGACCGGGUCCGGAACGGAGCCGCGCGCCUGCAGAAGAAUCUCAAAACCGCUCAACAAUCACGGCUUGAGGGCUUCUUCAAGCCGGUCGCUCGGACGGAUGAGGAGAAGGCUAGUCUCAAACGCAAGCACGAUGAGAAGUUACAGGAACAAAAGAAACGCAAAAAGGAAGAGGUCAAGGCUAAGAAGGAGGCCAAGGCGAAACCACGCGGUGCUGCGUAGGUUGUUCGUCUCUUUGCAGGACCAGCUUUGCAGGAGUUCGUGUCGGGAAGACUAUCUUGAGGGGGACACGGGGGCUCGCAUGUUGCGUGUCAAUACUAUGUAAUAUUGCAGGAGUUGCUGGCCUUAGCUACAGGCGUGGCGUUUUCUUUUUUUCACGGCAAAUGAUGGUUCACGUAUGAUUAGGGAUCGCAAAAGAACAUGGUUAUUUUCUGUUUAUA